AUGGCGACCUUUGCUAAACCCUCUCAACUCCACACUCCUCAAAGGUACCACCACCCCAUUAUUCCAACCAAUUUCAUCAACUCAAAGUUCAAAACUUUCACUUCCACAUAUAACUUUAAGACCCUUAAACGCUUUCGGGCCCCAAAUUCUUUCACUGCCACAAUCACUUCUUCCAUUAGUAGCAACAAUCCAAACUAUGAUCUUUGUCAACUAUGCCUUAAUGGGAACUUGGAAAGUGCUAUGAGUUACUUAGAAACCAUGCACGAGCUUCAAAUUUCAGUUGAAGAAGAUUCUUAUACUGCUUUGGUACGUUUAUGUGAGUGGGUAAGAGCUAGAAAAGAAGGUUCUAAGGUUUAUUCUUAUGUUACCAAAUCAAUGAUGACGACCCAUUUGAGUCCUAAGCUUGGAAAUGCACUUUUGAGUAUGUUUGUAAAGUUUGGUAAUUUGGUUGAUGCUUGGUAUGUGUUUGGUAAAAUGCCUGAGAGGAAUUUGUUUUCUUGGAAUGUUUUGGUUGGUGGUUAUGCUAAAGGCGGAUUCUUUGAUGAAGCGUUGAAUCUUUAUGAUAGGAUGUUGUGGGUUGGUGUUAGGCCUGAUGUUUACACUUUUCCUUGUGUUUUGAGGACUUGUGGUGGUGUUCCUGAUUUGGUUAAGGGUAGAGAGAUUCACGCUCAUGUUUUGAGAUUUGGGUUUGCGUCGGUUGUUGAUGUUAUUAAUGCUUUGGUAACUAUGUAUGUGAAAUGUGGUGACGUUGUUACUGCUAGGUUGGUUUUUGAUAAAAUGACUAAUAGAGAUAGGAUUUCGUGGAAUGCAAUGAUUGCUGGGUAUUUUGAGAAUGGAGAGUGUUUGGAGGGUUUGAUAUUGUUUUGUAGGAUGAUUGAACAUCAGGUUGAGCCGAAUUUGAUGACCAUGACGAGUGUGCUUACUGCUUGUGAGCUUAUAGGUGAUGAGAGAUUGGGGAGGGAGAUUCACGGUUAUGUUGUGAGAACUAAGUUCUCAAGAGAACCCGAGGUUUAUAAUUCGUUGGUUCAGAUGUACUCAUCUGUUGGACUUGUCGAGGAAGCUGAAAAGACUUUUUCUCAAAUUGAAUGUAGAGAUGUGGUAUCAUGGACUGCAAUGAUAUCGGGUUACGAGAAUAAUUUGAUGCAUCAGAAGGCUCUUGAGACAUAUAAAAUGAUGGAAGCGGAAGGUGUCGUGCCAGAUGAAAUUACCAUCGCGGUUGUACUCUCUGCUUGUUCUUGUUUAUGUGACUUAGAUAUGGGGAUGAACCUUCAUGAGGUGGCCAAGAAGACAAGGCUCGUUUUUUACGCUAUAGUUGCAAACACACUUAUUGACAUGUAUGCUAAGUGUAAAUGCAUUGACAAGGCUUUAGAAGUUUUCUACUCUAUUCGCGACAAGAAUAUUAUAUCCUGGACAUCUAUCAUCCUUGGCCUUAGGAUCAACAACAGAUGUUUUGACGCUUUGUUUUUCUUUAAAGAGAUGAUGCGCAAACAAAAGCCGAACUCGGUUACUUUAGUCUGUGUCCUAUCCGCAUGUGCUAGAAUAGGAGCUUUGACAUCUGGAAAAGAGAUCCAUGCUCAUGCAUUGAGAACUGGAGUAAGUCAUGAUGGUUUUAUGCCUAAUGCAAUCUUGGACAUGUAUGUAAGAUGUGGAAGAAUGGAAUAUGCGUGGAAACAAUUUUUCUCAUUUAAUCAAGAUGUUUCCACAUGGAACAUUUUGCUAACAGGAUAUGCUGAGCGCGGGAAAGGAACACUUGCUACCGAGCUUUUUCAAAAGAUGGUAGAGUCAAAUGUUGUUCCUGAUGAGAUUACAUUUAUCUCCAUAUUAUGUGCUUGCAGCAGAUCUGGUAUGGUUGUAGAAGGCUUAGAAUAUUUCGACAGCAUGCAAUAUAAGUACUCUAUCAAACCUAAUCUGAAACACUAUGCUUGUAUGGUUGAUUUAUUGGGACGCGCUGGAAAAUUGGAGGACGCAUACAGAUUCAUACAGAAAAUGCCAAUGAAACCAGACCCGGCAGUUUGGGGAGCUUUAUUAAACGCAUGCAGAAUCCACCGUCGUGUUGAACUCGGCGAACUAGCUGCUAAAAAUAUCUUUCAAGAUGAUACAACAAGUGUUGGAUAUUACAUUCUUCUGUCGAAUCUAUAUGCUGACAACGAUUUAUGGGACAAAGUUGCUGAAGUUAGAAAAAUGAUGCGAAUGAACGGUUUAAUAGUAGAUCCUGGAUGCAGCUGGGUGGAAAACAAGGGCACGGUGCAUGCUUUUCUCAGUGGUGACAACUCUCAUCCUCAAAUGAAGGAAUUAAAUGCACUUUUGGAGAGAUUUUACGAGAAAAUGAAGGAAGCUGGUAUUCAAAGGUUAGAAAGUAGCUGUAUGGAUAUAAUGAAAGCUUCGAAGGCGGAUAUAUUUUGCGGACACAGUGAGAGAUUUGCCAUUACAUUUGGACUUAUUAACUCAGCACCUGGAAUGCCUAUUAGGGUAACUAAGAAUCUGUAUAUGUGCCAAAGUUGUCAUGACACUGUCAAAUUCAUCUCAAAGGAAGUACGCAGAGAGAUCUCUGUAAGAGAUGCUGAUCGGUUUCACUAUUUUAAGGGAGGUAUAUGCUCUUGCAAGGAUGAAGGGUAUUAG